GGGCAGCUGCAAACCCGCGGCGUUCCCAGGCCGCUCCGGUCGUGAAACGUUUCAUGGUUUUAUGAGGUCUCAACUUCUAGAAUUGAGUCGCUCACAGGAAAAUGCAGCGUAUUUUGAGUAGAAAAGGAAGGCUUUGGGUAUUCGUUGCAGCAGAGGGGGAAAAACGCACUUUGAGAUGUCAAAAAAAAAAAAUUGUUGUCAUAGUGGCAGCUUAGGAUUUAUGUUUGCCUUAAUUUCUGAGGUACUUGUCCCGUGAAUUUUGGAAAUGGGGACGAUCCUGCAUCGUGGGCUGUGCCGAGGGAAGAGGCCUCAGGCUGCGGCCUGUCCUGGGCAGCGUGUGGUCAGGCCUUACCGUGGUCAGUAGAGAUGGAGACGUGUAUCAGUCCCACCAAAAUCGGUAACUUCUGCUGGUUUUUCAUCUAGUCUUCAAUAUCCAAGUUGGCCCUGCAGGAUUGCACCUUCUUCGCUCGGAAAGAAAUCCUUCGGUUGCAUGGCCGAUACCAUGAAAUGGCACCAAACGUUGUGCCCAUGGACUAUACAAAGGACCCAGAUGUUAAACUACCUAUGCAGCUUAUAAUAAACAUGCCUGAGCUAAAGGAGAAUCCAUUCAAGGAAAGGAUUGUGGAAUCUUUCUCAGAAGAUGGAGACGGCAGCCUCAGCUUCAAUGAUUUCGUGGACAUGUUCUCUGUGCUCAGUGAAAUGGCUCCCAGAGAGCUUAAAGCAAUCUAUGCCUUUAAGAUCUAUGAUUUUAACACAGAUAACUUCAUUUGUAAAGCAGACUUGGAAAAAACCCUCAAUAAGUUGACCCGAGAAGAGCUAACAGCAGAAGAAAUCACUCUAGUUUGUGAGAAAGUGAUCGAAGAAGCUGACAUGGAUGGUGAUGGAAAACUAGGAUUUGCAGAUUUUGAAAACAUGAUUUCCAAAGCACCAGAUUUUCUCAGUACUUUCCACAUAAGAAUCUGAAGAUGUUUCUGUGAGCCAGUGUUAUCAGAAAUGACUUGCAAGUCCAGCCUUUCUGAAUCUCAGGCACUUUGGGGGCUUUUGUCCUCUCAUUAUGGCUUCUUAAAACUCAGCAGAAAGUACUGAAAUAAUUUUUGGCCAUAAAGGGACGGAAGCAUCAUGUGAUUUGCAGGAUAUUUGGAACAGCCACAUUUUUAUCUUCUCUGUUGGCCAAGCACUCUGGCAAAGAUGUUGAUUGUUGGGUUGUGGUUUGUUUAUUUUUCUUUUCUCCUUUUUUUUUUUUUUUUUUUU